GGGUUUAAUUUACUUACCAUGGAUGAAGAAAAGCAACUUGUGUCGUUCAAUAGAGAGUAGAAGUAGAAGAAGACGACAUGAGACAAGGUGUUCCACUAGGGUUUCGAUUUCUUCUAUCAGAUUUCGUAGCUUUCAAUCAUUAUCUUGCUCCAAAGGUCCGUGGAGAUAAUGUCUCGACAUGGUUCAUCUACAACAUCGAUGUUUAUAACUAUGUACCCUCUCAUCUUCCAGAGCUCAAAUAUGGAGAAAAGACGUUCUAUUUUACACCAAGACAAUCGAAGCAUGGGCAUGGAAAGAAGCUCAAUAGAUGUGCAAAUGGAGGGCAAGGGCAUUGGAAGAUGACAAGCAAGCCUACUCAAUUUAAAGAUGUUAAUGGAGCCAUGCUGGGCAAGAAGAACACUCUGGUCUACUUCAUAAAAAAUAACAAUGGGAAAGAUUUCAAAACCAAUUACAUCACGCAUGAAUAUGUACUCGAUGACUCUCAGAUUGAUCCUACAAAAUAUCAUAAGAUUAAUAAUGUGGUUCUAUGUAGCAUUUACCUUAGAAAAUCAGCAGAGGAGAAGAAAGAAGCACAAACCAGAAAAGAAAGCCAACAAACCACAAGAGAUUCUAAUGAAGAAGAUGUUCAACAACCACAACCACCAUUGAUGUUAAAGGGCAAGCGACCGCGUGCAGAAGAAGAACGCGAGCCUGAGCCCGAGCCACAACCACAGCCACAGCCACAGCCACGACCACAAGCUUAUUACCAAAACAAAAGGUGUAAGCAACUUAGGCCUUGGGAUACUGCCUAUGAGGAUAUACUUGCCAAUGUCAUAAGUCAACAACCUGCAUUGAUUGAAAAUAAUGCCUCUAAUGAAUUUGCAGCUUCAAUGUUCUCACCACCGUAUAUGAUCGAGUCCCAGAAUACAUAUGUUGGUAAUAUUGGAUGUAGUACUGAUCAGCUGCCGAUGAGCUCGGUGAGGAAGGAGAAGAAUGGGCUUGAGAUGCCAUUGAAUUUACCCACUGACCUAAUUCCUAACCAGCAGUGAGUUUUUUGGAUCAUCAAUAGGUGCAACAACUACAAAAUCACUUGAAGAACCAUUCUACAAUGAAAACUUAUUUUCUCCAGAACCAUUCUACA